AUGGUGAAGGGUCGGCAAGGCGAGCGCGUCAGGUCCGUGUUUUUUACCCUCUUCUUCAAAGCAGAAACGCCGUAGGUCGUACUCCACGAUACAUUCUCAUCGUUUCUCUGUGCGUCUUCCUUUUUCUCCCUGUAGGUUGUACGUCCGGGGGACGAUCCUCGGAUACAAGAGGCAAGGAUUCUGAGACUAAUUCUCCUGUAUUUGCUAUUGCAUAAGGCCUACUUGUUUCUUUCGUUGAUGUUGGCGAUAUCGGGCUUGUCUUCGAGCGUAACUGAUUGUGUGUGAUGAUGGAGGAUAGGUCGAAGUCAAACCAGCAGGAGAACACGUCGCUGAUUCAGAUCGAAGGGGUGAACACAAAGGAAGAAGUGGCGUGGUACGCGGGCAAGCGCAUGGCGUACAUCUACAAGGCUAAGGUGAAGAAGAACGGAUCUCACUACCGAUGCAUCUGGGGAAAGGUGACGCGCCCCCACGGGAACAGCGGCGUCGUGCGCGCCAAGUUCAAGUCCAACCUUCCUCCCAGAUCCAUGGUAACAAGACGGCCUAGUAUUUGGAAUCUCAGGAAUUCACCAUCUUCCGUUUUCAUAUGCACACUCAUUUUCUUCUGGUUUGUUGCAGGGCGCUAAGGUUCGAGUUUUCAUGUACCCGAGCAAUAUCUAA